GUUCUUCCGAAGUUGCAUACCUUCCGGAACUGUUCUCAUUCUAGGUUUUUGUUUAUUGGGGAAAGAUUUUAGGCACGCACAGUAAUGUUGCACCAACUAGUAACGUGAACGCAACUACUGAACUUUCAGGUAUGGCAACGGUGGACAUGGAUCCCGAGGUGGCACGGGGGUUGUUUGAGGAGGGGGCGACCGUGGUACUGCUGGGGGUUCCCGAGGGCACUGAGCUGGGCAUUGACUACAAGAGCUGGCAGGUCGGGCCUCGCUUCCGCGGGGUGAAGAUGAUCCCACCAGGUCUCCACUUCCUCCACUACUGUUCCUCUAACGCACCAGACCGCGGGGGUGAAACAGGCCCGAGAACAGGCCUCUUCCUCACCCUAAAGCCCAGAGAGAUCCUGCUGGCCCACUGGGACCCCAAAGAGGAGGAUCUGGACUUCUCUGCCACUCAGAAUGAAGAUGAGGUGGGUCGUGUCCGGGCAGUCCUACGAGACCUGGACCCUUUCCUAGGGCCCUACCCGUACGAGGUGAUGCGGAAAUGGGUCUCCCUAACUGACAGGGUGAACCAAGAGCUGGCCACCAGGCUGCAGCCUCUCUCUGGGCGUGUGUGUGCCUUCAGCGACGUGAUCCCAGAGCUCCAGCUCACACACACCAAGGAUCGCGACGAGCAGAACCUGCCCAGGAACGACACAGAGUGUCAGAGCAUGAGGGAGGGCCUGGACAGGCUUCCCAGGAUGAAGCCAAGAGAGGGGACUGAGCUGAGGUUCUCCCCCAUCCCCAGGCAGACCUACCCUCCUGGGGCCACCCCAGCCCAGAUCACCCAGUGCAGCCUGGACCUGAGCUAUGCCCUGGACAGUCUGCUAGAGAAACAUCACCACCAGCAGCCACUCAACGUGCUGGGUGAGCUGCAGUUUGCUUUUGUGUGUUUCCUCAUUGGGAAUGUGUACGAGGGCUUUGAGCACUGGAAGCGCCUUCUAGCCCUGCUGUGUCGUAGUGAGGAGGCCAUGCGUCAACGCCGGGAUCUGUACCUGGGCCUCAUCGCUGUGCUCUACCACCAGCUGGGAGAGAUACCUCCAGACUUCUUUGUCGACAUCGUGUCCCAGGACAAUUUCCUCACCUCCACGCUACAGGACUUCUUCCAGUUUGCCAGUGGGCCGGGGGUGGACGGCACCCUGCGGAAGCGGGCAGAGAAGUUCAAGGCCCACUUGACCAAGAAGUUCCGCUGGGACUUUGAGGUUGAUCCUGACGAUUGUGAUCCUGUCGUAGUGGAACUGCCUGAUGGGGUCACACUGGACUGAACAUGCUCAGAAGAUUAUCCAGGUUCCUGGGUCAGUGGCGGAAACAGGACUGAAACCUCAUUUUAAAAGAAGAGCGAGGACUUCUUUGUCUCAUUUCUUUCCAGUGUGUUGCCUUGAAUGGGAGUUUUACCACUAAGGAAAAACAACUCUGUCCUCCAAGGCUCUAGAUUCUGGGGUGUCACUCUCCAUAGGCCAACCAGUGACAGUUCUGACCAUGCUUUUCCCUCCCUGGCUCUCUGUCUGUAACCUCUGUCAGUCUACACAUGAAUGAGCACUUGGCCAUCUGAACUGAAUGGUCCGAUUGGAAUCAAGAAUGAGGUCAAUGUUGUCCUUUCUAGGUGGAUCAUUCUAUUGUUUUAGAGGAGAAUUCUAAAAUGUGUAAAACCUCACUUUAGUGGUGCUUCUGUGUUCAGGCAAGCACCUAUCAAGUGAGUUUUUUUUGUUUUUGGGAAUUGCUUGUCUUUGACAGUACAUCAGAAAAUGCCCAAGUAGGUUAUUGUUGAUAUGUGUUUGAGUUGACGCCUUAUCUGAAACUCAUGCAUUUCUUACAAUGUAGAACAUUCUAGUGGGAAAUGACCCUAGAACAGUUAAUUCUGAACAUAUUAAACUCUGACAUAAUCUUACUGUGCCACUGAAGACUUGUUGUUUUUCACAAUGCGUGGGUAUUCUACCCUGUGUGGACUAUCCAGCAGAGUGUAACCCCACACACACCUUUUUGUUUCCUUUGUCCCCCGUUCACUGUAACAUUCUGUGUCUGGACGUUUCCUUUGUCCCCAUUCACUGUAACAUUCUGUGUCUGGACGUUUCCUUUGUCCCCCAUUCACUGUAACAUUCUGUGUCUGGACGUUUCCUUUGAAUAAACAACUUUUGGUUAUUCUGUUAUAAACAGAUUAUGUCCACUAGAUGGCAGCCCUGAUCUUCACUAGCUAUGUACUUUUUAUUGUCUGUAGAUCAAUCUGGAAGGAGAAAUGUUUGGUCUCUGAUUGAGGAUGUCAGUAAAACCUUUUAAAAUA